AAAAAUUUUCAGUAUAGAAAAUUCUUGUUUUCCACGCAGUUGUUUGAAAAUUCAAAAUAUUUAUCUUAUUAAUUUUCUUGUGAAUUUUAUUUAAUAAUAAAGUGAAAAAUGUCUGUCGAUUUGUCUACGAUCGGUUCACACAAAGUUAAAAGUAUUCCGAGCGGAGAGUCUGUGGAACUGAAGAGUUUCUGGCAGGAACAGAAUGUGGCGAUUAUAUUCUUUCGCCGUUGGGGCUGCAUGUUCUGCAGAUUGUGGGCCAAAGAGUUAGGUGAAAUAACACCCAUUCUCAGGAAGAACAACAUACGAUUGGUCGGGAUUGGCCUUGAAGGUACCGGCUCGAAGGAAUUCGUUGACGGAAAAUAUUUUGAUGGAGAUCUCUACUACGUUGAGGACCGGUCGAUAUAUCAAACGUUGGGUUUCAAGAGGUUCAACGUCGUCUCCAUCAUCACUUCGCUGUUCUGGAAGCAGUCCCGGGAAGCCAUUGUCAAAGGGAAAAGCUUAGGCCUAGGCGGGGAUUUGAAAGGAGACUGGGUGCAAACAGGAGGCGCGCUGUUGGUGGGGAAGGGGGGGAGAUUGAUCCGCCAUUUUACCCAGACUGGGCCAAGCGAUCAUUUGCCUAAUAAGGACAUUCUGCAGUUAUUCGACUUGGAAAAUGAAUACAAAGCGGAAACAAUGGCGAAUAAGAAACGCGAAGAGUUGGAGUGCAAUACAGAAGCGACGUCCUAAGCCUUGGAUUAUGAACCUGAGACAGUGUCCUCUCACCCCUAUCCACCAAAUAUGGGCCGAGAGACGAUGUAAGCAAAGCAGGGUGUAGCUAUAAGUCUUGUAAUUAUGAAUGGUCUUGUAUUCCCGGAAGACUAUUUGUUGUUGGAUAUUGGCAGCACUAACGCUUUUGUGUGUGUAACUUUAAUUAUACAGGGUGUCUCGUAAUUAAUGUAUAAUACGCAAAUGGUAGAUACACCAUCUAAUCAUCUAAAACUAAUUUGAAUAGUUUUCCAAAAAUCCCUAGGCUGACCAAGUUAUAUUUUUUUUCGGAUUUUUUAAAAUUUUUUUUGUUGAUGCAGUUUUUUCAAUGCUGUAGCUAUUGUAAUUAAGAUUUUUAAAAAUCUGAUUUUUGUUAAACAUUGCGGAUUAAAUUACCAAUGUAGAGUACAUUGGUAAUUUAGGUUUAUAUUUAGGUAGUACUACUUUUAUAAAUAAUGUUUUAUUUGUUUUGCAGAAGAAGCUUUGAUUGCAAUAAUUAUUUUUCGUUCAUUAAGAUGAUCCGAUUUAAAAAAAUUGUCUUGUAAAAAGAAUGUAAAGAGCUGAAGUGUACUAUUAUGUUAAAAACUUGUACACUUAUCGAGGUUUAUAAAUUGGUAUAAAACUUGUGUCUAUUAUUUGUAGUUACAAUGUGGCUGGUAAAAAAUUAUGACAGGUGCUGAAUUUUCAAUACAAGAAACAAAAUUCACAAGUGUGCAAAUUCAAACCUUUUUCUUCAAAUUAAUUACGGAACACCCUAUAUACAAUACUAUAUAAUUUAAUUAUAUAACAAAUAUGGACUCGCCGCACACGGGUGACGCCGGUGGCCGCCACUCGCUACAAUCGUCGCUGCUCGCUUCUUUAGGCCCGCACCGCCCACUAAACGUCGCCACACACGACUGUCACGAUUCCGCAUCCCUCUCUAUUAAAAUUGGAUGUAUCCAAUAACUACGGAUUCAUCUUCUACGACGACGUUUUCUUAUCAAAGGCAGCGCAAAAUAGGGAUGAUGACAGUUUUUUAAAUUGUAUAUAAAUUAAGAGUAUGUUAUUAGUGAAGCAAUUUUGUAAAAGUAACAGGGUAUCUGCGAUCAUUACUUUCGGAGCUACAGGGAUUUAAAGGGUCAGAUUUGCGGCGUUGCCGAGGAUCCCUGAAAAAAGCUCCAUACAAAAUGGCACGAAUUAGUGACGUCGUUGACACGCUGAUCGUUAGAUUUGUAUGGGCGUUCAAACAAAAUUACUAAUAUCUUUGAUAUUUGUGCGUUUAUGUUUAUAGUUCAUGUAUUGAAAAAUGUCACAUUUAAUGUAAGGAAGCUAAAAUUUUAAAUACGAUAAAAAAAAAUAAUAUUUUGAAAUUUUGAAAUUUUAAAAUCUUAUUUAUUUUGCAAAUAUCCAGACAAUCUUUGCUUUUUAUCUAUACAUUGACCUUAUUUACCCGAAUGUAUCAUAAAAAUCAAUACAUUCAAACCUCAUCAUCCCCAUUAAACCUUCGUUUGAGUCCAUUAUGAUACUGUUAAAAAAGUAGCACCCACCGACCACAAGUGUCGACCACCGACCACAAGUGGCUGUCGCGUGCUUCAGCUACUUUUGUGGUCCUUUCUUGCUUCUUGUGGCUGCGUUUGUGGCUGUCGCCUGUGGCCCGUGUGCGGCGACACUAAGCUGCAAUCGGCUAGACAUGUAAUUUCUUAAGUAAUUAAAAAUUAACUGUAUUUAAAUCUUGACUUGAACCAAAUCAUACGGUGCCAAAAAAUCAUUUUACUUUAUCUCUAUACUACGGGUAAUUAUAUUUAACUUGACAUUGGAUACUAAUGUAUUAGACUGAUUAAUUAAAAAAUUAGCGGGAAAUUAAUAAGAAGCCUCAAUUGCUAUACUAAAGAGGCCAGACUCACGUCGGAAGGUCGUGGGUUCGAUCCCCGCUGGACUAUUGGACACUCCUAUUAAAAUCCGAAUUGGAGGGCAUAUUUGAGUGGGAAUAUUUGUCAUAUUUAAAGAUAUGACUAUUACUAAAAAAAAGAACAAAAAAUACCGUAAUCUUUGUAUUUAAAAUAUCAUUUUAUGCUGAUCAGCAUAUUUUACUGCAUUGCGUUGUUUAAUUAAAUUCGUUAAUUGAGGCAUGUGUAUUUUCAUACGUAAUUAAAAUUUAAACAUAUUUUUACUUUUUAUUUGUUAUUACUGACUUUCCUCUGACGAUGCUUAUUAUACUAUUGACUGAUUAUUUUAAUAAACUAAAACCAAUAUAUCUUUGUAUUAAAAUUGAUGCCGAUCAGCAUAACAAGUAUGAAGGACCAUGCGAUCAUUGAGAUGUACAUUUUAAUUGAAAAAAAAAACUAUAAU